CUGCUCGCACAUGAUACGCAUACGAUUCUGCUCGCAUAUAAUACGCAUACAAUCGUAUGUCAACCUCAGUAUCUCCCCAUGUACUCCCGGAGGUCCGAGUAUAGUAAGUGUCUUAGUGUACGCCCGCGACUAAGCCUGCAGCAUUAGCAACCGCUGCCUAGUCCCCCCUCCUGGUGGAAACUCUCGGAACGAAAGACGCACGGGGCUUAAAGGAGCUCGUGAGGGUCCGAGGGAAGGAGGAGAGAGAAAGGAUCUGACAGAGAGCGGUGAGGAAGGGAGAGAGAGAGAGAGAGAGAGAGUGGAAGAGAGGAAGAGGAACAGGGGAGAGAACAGGGGAGCGACGAAAACGUCGUGGACGGUGUCGAAUGCGACCGAGGAAUUGGAUUUGGAUUUGGAGUAAGAGUUGGAAUUGGAAUUGGACGAGGAAUUGGAGGAAGUGGGAUUUGGGAUUGGCGAGUGGGACGAUCGGAACGGGGAAGGAGGCGAUCAGGUGGUGAGACGGGGAUGGAAGUCGUCGGGAUGCGGCAUCCCGGUGGUCAUUAUCAUCAGCAUCAGCAUCAGCAAGCUGUGUCUGCCGCAGUGGCGAUGGUGGCGAGCAGCAGCGGGAGCAGGAGGGUUCCGUUUCUGAACGUGUUCGCUGCGACGAGAGAGGUGACGUUCCCGCUCAGGGCGAUGAGGACUGUGGCGUUCGCCAUAUCGUCGCUCGUCUCGUUCAUCCCCGUGUGGAAAUUGUACCUUCCCGGGUACUGGCUGUCCAAGAGUGGGUUGGAUUUCGGGUACAGGUUGUUCGGGCAAUCCAAGUCGCCCUCCGGUGCCGCCGCCGCCACUGCUGUCGCCGUGAAGGCUUACAAUGAAGUGAACGACCCUCUAGUGCGACGGGGUUUAGCUCAAAUUGCGCAAGUGCUUGGAGCGCCGCUGUGCACAGGGAGUGUGGUCACUGAGCGGCGAGUGUGUUCGUUCGUCAACUCGCGGAAACAGACCAUGUUCACUCAGUCAUGGAUUCCUGCCUCAACCGAGAGCAUGAAAGGAUUGGUAAUACUUCUACACGGGUUGAAUGAGCACAGCGGGAGGUAUGCCUACUUUGCAAGUCAAUUGAAUGCGGAAGGAUAUGGAGUAUUCGGCAUGGACUGGAGUGGUCACGGUGGAAGCGACGGACUACACGGCUACGUGGAAUCGCUGGAUCAAGUAGUGCAGGACACGAAACUUUACAUGAAGCAAGUGACUUCUGAUUAUCCUAAUGUUCCUGUAUUUAUCUUCGGACAUUCCACGGGGGGAGCCAUUGCCCUGAAGACUUCGGUCUUGGCAAGCGAUGAAACGAUGCUGAAAGGCGUGGUGCUCACAUCUCCUGCAGUGAGAGUGAAGCCAUCGCACCCUAUAGUUGCGGCGUUGGCUCCAAUAUUUUCAAUCCUGCUACCACGGUACCAGUUCAAGGGAGCGGCGCGAUCGGGAGCCACGGUGUCGCGGGACCCCAUGGCGCUGGUGGCCAAGUACAGCGACCCGCUGGUGUACACGGGACCCGUGCGCAUCCGCACGGGCACGGAGAUUCUGAGACUGGGCGCCUUUCUGACGAAGAAUCUGGAGAAGGUGACGACGCCGUUCCUGGUCAUGCACGGGUCGCACGACCAGGUCACGGACCCCGACGGGUCGCGCGAGCUCUACUCGCGAGCCUCGUCCCUCCACAAGGACAUCCAGAUCUACGACGGCCUUCUGCACGACCUCCUGUUCGAGUACGAGAAGGACGAGAUCAUCCAAGACAUCAUCCGCUGGUUGGACUCGAGGCUGCAGCUCUAGCUCCACAUCUCGAUCUAUUCGAUCGAUCGUUAACUUCAUCCUUCUCUGUCCCUUCUCGGUCGUUCUAACUCAGGGACCAGCGAUGUAUUAUUGUGAACUUGGACACUCGGCUCAAGAGUUGCAUAGUGUCUGGUCUAAGCGGCGAUACUCGAUAAGUAGUAGGAAGAUUUACGCAUCAGAGAUUUAGACAAGUCCCAGGCCCCCCCGAAAUACGGAUUUGUAGAGAACCUUGAUAAGUACGUAGGUCUGGAUGAGUGGAGAUGGCGAGGUGACGACGUGCCAUUGGAUUGGCUGCUCGACCUCGCGUCUCGGAUCUGGGGAAAAAAAUUUAUGUAGCGGGGUGCAGGGCGGAUCAUUCUAGACUUGAUCUCGUGAGAAUUGAACAGUCGAUUAUUAUAGUGUGCCGGCCGAGCCUACCAACGCUAAGCUUGAUUCAGCUCCAGAGAGUGGGCUCGAGCAAGGUCGAUAUAGAGAAUCAUUCAAUGGUGAGGAGAGGAAAGAAGAUGAGAGAAGAUAUUGCGGGCGUCAGCGCGGGUGUGCAAUUAAGUCCAGCAUUGUUACUGGAUCCGUAUGCGUUAUAAAUAUGUUAGUGAUUAGGAUUGCUGGCAGCUGCUGCCCUUAUUGAAAAGCGACUUCUGGCUAAAGCCGAGAAGAGCCGCAUGUUGUACCAUGAACCUUGUGGGCGAAGUAUAAACUUGUAAAUUUUAAAGCGGAUAUGGAAUCGUGCUUUCCCGUGAGGAAGAGCUGAAGUGUUUUGUUCGAUUGAAGUCGACCGGUUACGGUGCGGAUUUGAGCGUACAUCGGUUGGAACUUUCAUAUAGAUGUCGUCACAUAAACAGUUUGCUGUUUGCAUCUGCAUUCUGUUGAAAAAAACUCGCUGUGAUGAUAAGGCAAGUUCAGAAGUUGGGAGUUGACAAAGCCGGAAUUUGCCAGUUGAGUAAUUGUGGAAGUAACAGAUGUGGAAGAUCGAACUUGAGCGGAAGAUUAGGCUACAAUGUCGUAGUCCUUUCGAACUUUCAUGUACGUUCUUUGAGGUCUGCCUCUCUUGGACUCCGCUGAAGAGAAAUGAAAGAUUAAUUGCUGUAUCAGGCCGAAAAAGAGGC